CAAUACCGAAAGAUGGCCGAACUGAACGCUGAAUUCCGUGGCUACCGUUCCCCACUGAGCACUCGAUAUGCGAGCAAAGAAAUGCAAUAUCUGUUCAGUGAUCAGCACAAGUUUUCCACCUGGCGCAAGUUAUGGAUUCUGUUGGCGAAAGCAGAAAAGGAAUUGGGUUUGGACAUCACGGACGAGCAAAUCCGGGAGAUGGAAAAACACGUCGAAGACAUCGACUUCAAGGCGGCUGCCGCUGAGGAAGCGCUCACCCGCCACGACGUGAUGGCACACGUGCACGUGUUCGCCAAACAGUGCCCGCUGGCCGCUCCCAUCAUUCAUCUCGGAGCCACGUCCUGCUUUGUGGGCGAUAACACGGAUCUGCUCAUUCUGAAGGAAGCGCUCGAUCAGCUGCUACCGAAGCUGGUCGGUGUGAUCAAGCAGCUGGCACAAUUUGCUAUGCAGUAUCGCGAUCUGCCUGCGCUCGGAUUCACUCACCUGCAGCCGGCCCAGCUAACGACGGUCGGAAAGCGUUGCUCCCUAUGGAUCCAAGAUUUGCUGAUGGACGAACGUGCACUGCGCGCCUGCCGGGAUAAUUUGCGCUUCCGUGGCGUGAAGGGUACGACCGGAACGCAGGCCUCCUUUUUGCAGCUUUUUGCUGGCGAUAGCGCGAAGGUGCGUCAGCUCGACCAAACCGUCACGAAGCUGGCCGGUUUCGAGCGGUAUUACGCCGUCACUGGGCAGACGUAUUCGCGCAAGGUGGAUCUGGAAAUUGUGUCCGCGCUGGCUAGUCUCGGUGCUACCGUGCACAAGAUGUGUUCCGAUCUGCGGCUGCUCGCUUCGCGCAAAGAGCUGGAGGAACCGUUCGAACAGACCCAAAUCGGUAGUUCGGCUAUGCCGUACAAGCGUAACCCGAUGCGUUCGGAGCGUUGCUGUGCGUUGGCACGGCACAUGAUUACGCUGCAAGCAAACGCUGCCAACACGCUGGCAGUGCAGUGGCUCGAGCGUACGCUGGAUGAUUCGGCCAACCGGCGACUAACACUGUCGGAAGCGUUCCUUUCGGCAGAUGCUUGUUUGCUAACGCUGCUCAACAUCUCCCAGGGUUUGGUGGUAUAUCCGAAGGUGAUUGAGCGUAACAUCGCCCAGGAGCUACCCUUCAUGUCGACCGAGAACGUCAUUAUGGCGAUGGUGAAGGCGGGCGGUGAUCGACAGGUGUGCCACGAGAAGAUUCGUGUAUUGUCACACGAGGCUGGUGCACAGGUUAAACAGCACGGCAAGGAUAAUGAUCUGGUCGAUCGUAUCCGGGCUGAUCCGUACUUUGCACCGAUUCUGGGCCAGCUCGGUAGCAUACUGGAUCCGAAAACGUUCACCGGUCGGGCCGCCGAUCAGGUGGUUGAGUUUGUGAACGAAGAAGUAAACCCGAUUGUAGCACUUUACGGUGACAAGGUCGUUACUAAGUCGGCCCAGUUGAAGAUUUGAUUGCAGGAGUGGGAAAACGAAUCGGAUUGAUGUACC